AUGGAGGAACUUCAGCCCAAGAAGGGCUUCAGAGUCGUGAUCGUCGGGGGAUCAAUCGCGGGACUAACCCUCGCGCAUUGCCUGAAAAGACUGAAUAUAGACUACGUGGUCCUUGAAUCUCGGAAUGAGAUUGCUCCCCAGAGUGGUGGCUCUAUUGGAUUUACUCCAAAUGGAGGUCGGGUUCUCGACCAAUUGGGAAUAUUUGAUGACGUGCUGGAGGAAGUAGAACCGCUGAGAAAAUCAAUCAACUGUUUUGGAAGCGGUAGACUGAUCGUGGAAAGCGACGACAUGGCUGUUUUGCACGAGAGACAUGGAUAUCCGACUGUCUUUCUCGAUCGACAGAUCUUCUUGCGUAUCAUUUACAGAAAUCUACAAGAGGACCAGUCCCGUGUCUUCCCGGGAAAGAAAGCCAUUCAAGUCGAACAUACUGAUUCUGGUAUUUUGGUGCAGUGCGCUGAUGGAUCCCAAUUCAGUGGCGACUUGGUUGUCGGAGCAGAUGGGAUUCGAAGCGCUGUUCGACAGGAGAUGUGGUGCCAUAUGAGUCCCCAAUUGUCCAGCGUGGUAGAUCGUGAAAGGAAAAAAAUGAAAGCAGAGUAUUCAUGUGUAUUUGGAAUUUCAUCCGCAACACCGGGGUUGACCCCAGGGCAUGUACACCGAAGCUUCGCAAAAAAUGCUUCUUUUCUCCUGGUCGUGGGGAAACAUGGCCGUGUAUUCUGGUUCUUAUAUACCAAAAUGAGUCAAACCUUUCAAGGUUCGUCGAUCCCUCGGUUCACUUCGGAAGAUUUGGAUCAAACUGUCAGCCUGCACCUCGAGAAAUACGUUGGGCCAGGCGUUCCCUUUGCAUCUGUCUACAAGAAUGUCAUUGUCAAGGCGUAUGCCCCGCUUGAGGAGGCCUUCUUCGAGUACUGGACCUAUGACAGGUUUGUUUGUAUCGGAGAUUCUGUUCAUAAGGGCGGGAAUUGCGCCGUUGAGACUGCUGCCGCACUGGCGAACCAUAUCAAAUCGCUUCUUGAUUCGUCGUCUUCAUCAUACAGUUUAUCAGACCUUCGCGAUUGUCUAUCCGCCUGGCAGAGUAGGCGCCAGCCGCCAGUGAGGGCACUCUGCAGCAAUGCAUAUUUUCUCACUCGUCUAGAGGCAUUGGCAACUCUAAAGCACAUUUUCAUAGUCCGAUACAUUUAUGCUCAUAUCGGCGGGUUCUUGGUCGACGAAACGACAAAAGGGUUCAUUGCUUCCGAAAAACUUGAUUUUCUACCGUCCCCAAAGCGAUCUCUCACAUGCCAGAUUCCAUUUGACGAUAAAUACCGGAAUCUGCGGAAUGAAUCAUUUUGGAAGCGGCUUUUUUGGGGGAUGCCUUUGUUCCUCUGCAUGUUGGGUGCAGUUAUGGCCAUGAAUACAACACUCGCAAAGCUCAUGCCUCUCUUAGAGCAAAUAGUCUCCGCGGGAACCUGGAAGGCAAGUUCCGGCGAAACUUUGGAUCUGCGACCACUAUAUAAGAUAGGAUUGCUGGAUAAAACCCUGGGGCCUAUCACUGUCUGCUUCCUGCCGUCUCUCACUGGCUCGGAUCCAUUGUCCCGACUUCAUAUGAUCUCGUUUUUGGCCGACUGUGGAUCGCUCUUUGGAAUCUGGAUCCUAGAGAGCUAUCGACGAAACCAUGGAAGUGGAUAUGUCAUAUUUACUACGGUGCUUGGGAUGAUCGCCCAGAUCUUUAGUAUCGCCAUAACUGCACCGGUUUAUUUUCUUAUGGACUUUCUUCAAUCGCCGCUAUCCAACAUGCUUGUGGGCGAUCAAGGACCUGUGCGCGUACCAGCCGCGAAAGCCCUCCUGCCAGCUCUCAUACUUGGGUAUUAUCUCUUAACUUGGGCUAGCUUCGUGGUCCCGGGUCUGGCCCUGAAGCAACGGAUGAACGCUCUCUGGCAAUUAUUCCCUGUUCUUAUUCCUGUAUUACAGCGCGCAUUCAUGUCUAAUAGCAGGAAUCGCCCCAUUGCAAGCACGGAUCAACCCCGAAGGAAUAGCAGACAGAGUAUUAUCCAUGUCCGCGUCACCGUACUCACGCUCGCAGCCAUUUCUAGUAUCGCAUUCCUCCACGUCCGCUUUUCCGUCCCAGAGCAUUCAUCUCUGACAGACAUAUUCAUACCAAAGUUGUCGGACUACUAUUCGCCUAUCACAUCGCUUUCUAGCGGAAUGGGCCGUCUUCUGCGAUAUGACGAGGUCUUCUCGCUAGGAUCAGGGAUGGCGUGGAUUUUAUUAUCUUUGCGAGAUAUGCAGCUGUAUGGAAUUCCGAUUCCAUGGCUUAAGGUGGUGGGAACUUUGGCGGCUAUAACGUGGCUCCUGGGACCGGGGACUGCGUUUGCUUUGGGGUGGCUUUGGAGAGAGGAGAUGCUGGCGGACAAUUGGACGAGAGUGUUUGAGAAUCGGGGGUAG